AGAGGGACUGAUGAAAAUGGCGGCGUCUCGUCGCUCAUCCCAGCAGCAACAAUCAAACCUUUCAUCCCCACCACGACCCUCUACACAUACUCUAACUCCUCCGGGAUCACCCCCAGUGUCCGGAGGGUCGACAGCAUCGCCUGUGGCUGGGCCCGAGCAAGAGAGUGUCGUUGAUCCGGAGAUAACUCCGGUCUCCCCCGACCUCCCUGCUCCGGCCCUGAGCAGUAGCAGCUCUACUAGCUCAUCCACAGCUGGCGGUAGCAGCAGUGGCUCCAGUCCGGAUUCAGGCAGCACCAGCCCUGGAGGCGGCGGCUGUGGGACCAGUGGAGCCUUUCGGGAGCUUUUCGAGGCCUGUCGCAAUGGGGACGUAUCACGGGUGAAGAGACUGGUGGAUUCGGUUAAUGUGAACGCUAAAGACAUGGCUGGUCGUAAAUCGACCCCGCUGCAUUUUGCUGCAGGUUUUGGGAGGAAGGACGUUGUGGAGCAUCUCCUUCAGACUGGGGCAAACGUCCAUGCCCGUGAUGAUGGUGGUUUAAUUCCGUUGCAUAAUGCCUGCUCUUUUGGCCACGCUGAGGUUGUCAGUCUGCUGUUAUGCCAAGGAGCUGACCCAAAUGCUCGUGAUAAUUGGAACUACACACCACUGCACGAGGCAGCCAUCAAGGGCAAAAUUGAUGUGUGCAUUGUACUGCUCCAGCACGGCGCCGACCCCAACAUCCGCAACACCGAUGGCAAGUCGGCGCUGGACCUGGCCGAGCCGUCCGCCAAGGCAGUCCUCACCGGCGAAUACAAGAAGGACGAACUCCUGGAAGCCGCUAGGAGCGGCAAUGAAGAGAAGCUCAUGGCACUGCUCACGCCCCUCAACGUCAACUGCCACGCCAGUGACGGCCGCAAGUUUUGUAUUGGCAUUCAGGAGGCCAGAGAGAUGUCGGACAUCUUGAUUUGUCAGCACAACUCGACAUCGCAAAAAAUGCUGUCCACACCGCUGCAUCUAGCAGCUGGCUAUAACCGCGUGAGGAUAGUGCAGCUCCUUCUGCAGCACGGCGCAGACGUUCAUGCCAAGGACAAAGGUGGCCUCGUUCCUCUUCACAACGCCUGUUCCUAUGGCCAUUAUGAGGUCACCGAGCUUCUGCUGAAGCACGGCGCGUGUGUGAACGCCAUGGACUUGUGGCAGUUCACGCCCCUGCACGAGGCGGCGUCCAAGAACCGCGUGGAGGUGUGCUCCCUUCUGCUGAGCCACGGGGCCGACCCCACACUGGUCAACUGCCACGGGAAGAGCGCCGUCGACAUGGCCCCUACCCCCGAGCUCAAGGAGAGGCUCACAUAUGAGUUUAAGGGCCACUCUCUGCUCCAGGCGGCCCGGGAGGCGGACAUGGCGAAGGUGAAGAAGACCUUGGCCCUAGAGAUCAUCAACUUCAAGCACCCGCAGACCCACGAGACGGCCCUGCACUGUGCGGUGGCGUCGCCUCACCCCAAACGCAAGCAAGUCACCGAGCUGCUGCUGCGCAAGGGAGCCAACGUCAACGAGAAGAACAAAGACUUCAUGAUGCCGCUUCACGUUGCAGCAGAGAGGGCGCACAAUGACAUCAUAGAGGUGCUGCAGAAACACGGGGCCAAGAUGAACGCUGUGGACACACUGGGCCAGACGGCGCUGCACCGGGCGGCGCUGGCCGGUCACCUGCAGACGUGUCGACUGUUGCUAAGCUACGGGGCUGACCCAGCCAUCGUCUCGCUGCAGGGCUUCACCGCCGCCCAGAUGGGUAACGAGGCUGUGCAGCAGAUCCUCAACGAAAACAUUCCUGUGAGAAACUCAGAUGUUGACUACCGGCUCCUGGAGGCAGCGAAAGCAGGAGACCUGGACACUGUGAAGCAACUGUGCUCGCCCCAGAAUGUGAACUGCCGGGAUCUGGAGGGCCGACAUUCCACGCCGCUGCACUUUGCCGCCGGCUACAACCGCGUGUCCGUGGUGGAGUACCUCCUGCAUCAUGGUGCCGACGUCCACGCUAAAGACAAAGGGGGCCUAGUGCCGCUGCACAACGCCUGCUCUUACGGCCACUACGAGGUGGCGGAGCUGCUGGUGCGCCACGGGGCAUCGGUGAACGUGGCCGACCUGUGGAAGUUCACCCCGCUGCACGAGGCUGCCGCCAAGGGCAAGUACGAGAUCUGCAAGCUGCUGCUCAAGCACGGUGCGGACCCCACCAAGAAGAACCGUGACGGGAACACGCCGCUGGACAUGGUGAAGGAGGGCGACACGGACAUCCAGGACCUGCUGCGCGGAGACGCCGCCCUGCUGGACGCGGCUAAGAAGGGCUGCCUGGCCCGCGUGCAGAAGCUCUGCAGCCCCGACAACAUCAACUGCAGGGACACGCAGGGACGCAACUCUACACCACUGCACCUGGCCGCUGGUUACAAUAACCUGGAGGUGGCGGAGUAUCUACUAGAGCAUGGAGCAGAUGUCAACGCCCAGGACAAGGGUGGACUGAUACCCCUACACAAUGCAGCGUCAUAUGGGCAUGUGGACAUUGCGGCACUGCUGAUCAAGUACAACACGUGUGUGAACGCGACGGAUAAGUGGGCCUUCACGCCGCUGCACGAGGCGGCCCAGAAGGGCCGGACCCAGCUGUGCGCUCUGCUCCUGGCCCACGGCGCCGACCCCACCAUGAAGAACCAGGAGGGACAGACGCCGCUCGACCUCGCCACGGCUGAUGACAUCAGGGCACUGCUGAUCGACGCCAUGCCGCCGGACGCACUGCCCACCUGCUUCAAGCCGCAGGCCACCGUGGUGAGCGCCGCAGUCAUCUCGCCGGCCUCCACGCCCUCGUGCCUCUCCGCCGCCAGCAGCAUCGACAACCUGGCCGGGCCUCUGGCCGAGCUGGCCCCACCCGAGGGCCCGGGGCCCGCCGGGGCCACCGGGACGGACAGGAAGGAAGGAGAGAUCACCAUCCUGGACAUGAACAUCAGCCAGUUCCUGAAGAGUCUGGGCCUGGAGCACUUGCGGGACAUCUUUGAGCGUGAGCAGAUCACGCUGGAUGUGCUGGCGGACAUGGGUCACGAGGAGCUGAAAGAGAUCGGCAUCAACGCCUACGGCCACCGGCACAAACUCAUCAAGGGCAUCGAGAGGUUACUGGGCGGACAGCAAGGUGGCAACCCCUACCUGACAUUCCACUGCGCCAGUCAGGGCACGGUACUCAUAGACCUGGCCCCCGACGACAAGGAGUUCCAGUCAGUGGAAGAGGAGCUGCAGAGCACCAUCCGAGAGCACAGAGACGGAGGCAACGCAGGUGGAGUCUUCAGCCGGUACAACAUCAUCAAGAUACAGAAGGUGGUGAACAAGAAGCUUCGGGAGCGAUACGCACACAGACAGAAAGAGAUUGCCGAUGAGAACCACAAUCACCACAAUGAGCGGAUGCUCUUCCACGGCUCUCCGUUCAUCAAUGCCAUCAUCCACAAGGGCUUCGAUGAGAGGCACGCCUACAUCGGGGGCAUGUUCGGCGCCGGCAUCUACUUUGCCGAGAACUCGUCCAAGAGUAAUCAGUACGUGUACGGCAUCGGGGGCGGCACCGGUUGCCCCACCCAUAAAGACCGCUCCUGCUACAUCUGCCACAGACAAAUGCUGUUCUGCCGGGUGACACUGGGCAAGUCCUUCCUGCAGUUCAGUGCCAUGAAGAUGGCCCACGCACCCCCCGGCCAUCACUCGGUCAUCGGGAGGCCCAGCGUCAAUGGUCUGGCCUACGCCGAGUACGUCAUCUACCGGGGAGAACAGGCGUACCCAGAGUACCUGAUCACGUACCAGAUCCUGAAGCCGGAGAGUACAACGCCACCGACAGCCGCUGGGGAGCAGAAGUCCUAGUGCCCGUCCUUUUCUCUCUCCCCCCUCGACCCCCC